ACCCGGUCCGAAUUUGCAGCCAUGUAUUGAGAGCUGUUCUGUUCUAGUCCAAAAUAUGAAGUUUUAGAUAAAGAAGUUCGAACAUCCGGAACGGCAUUCUUUGAUCCGCGUACAGCAUGCCUUUAUCGUGCCGGGAGGGCGUUUCAUAGAAUAUUAUUAUUGGGACGCGUACUGGAUUAUAAAAGGUUUACUCAUUAGCGGACUUUUGGAGAAUGCAUGGAUGAUGAUAGAUAAUUUCGCUCAGUUUGGGUUUGUGCCGAAUGGUGGACGCAUCUAUUACUUGAGACGUUCACAGCCACCAUUUUUGAUUCCAAUGGCUUACGAAUACUUCGAAGCAACAAAAAAUCGCAGUUUCAUUAAGGAGAAAUACGAAUUCAGAUCGAUCGUGGUUAAUAAUCACACGGUGUAUGUAUAUCGUACGAGAUCCAAUGUGCCGCGCCCAGAGUCAUAUGGUAUUGAUAUUCUUAAUUCGCUUUCAGUCGAACCUUCAAAGAGACAACAGUUUUUCCAAGUAUUUUUCUUCAUUUUUCCGCUUCCGUUGCUUCUCUGA